AACCAGCCCUCAAUCUUCCUUCAUUAUAUGUACAAACAUAUUAAUCUAAUAGCGGGGUGGGAGGUGGGACUUACCGAUAGCAGUAAACACCAUGCAGUCAUAAACAUUAAAGCGCUUGUUUUGCAAGCGUUUUGUUUGUGUUUUGAAGAAUGGAAAACGUGGGUGGUAAAAAUACUAGGAGAAAACAUCUCAGCAAAAACAAAAAGAAAUCAUGGAGAAAAGUUGAUAUAAAGGACGUUGAAGAAUUCUUAGAAGAUGAAAGACUUCAGGAAAGAACGGGAGGAAUCAUUGCAGACAAAGCCAAUGAAUCUCUCUUCUUUGUGGACAAAAAGAGUGAAGAUCCUACAAAAAUCUUGGCAGAUAGAAGGUCCAGAAAACGAGCUGCACAAGAGAGACUGCAUGACCUUGAAAUAGCCUUGCAACCCCCACCUCCAAAAAAAAAGGACAAACGUGCAGCAGCGGUAAUUGAAAAAGAAGCUAGUGGGAAAUUGACCAAGACACGGACAGAGUCCAUACAAAAACGAAAGGCUGCGAAGAGGGAACGAGGUUUUAAACAGCGAGAUGCUGCAAAAUUGCCUGAGGCUAAAUAUGACUUGUGGGGAGGUGACCAACAAUCAGAACAAAAAGAUGAUGAUCAUUUCCUUGAAGUUACUAGAAAGAAACAAGUGAAGGCCCCUGCACAUCUGAGGGAGCCCACGUCCCUAGUACCAGCAGUAGAGAUACCCCACCCUGGAGCCUCAUAUAACCCAGGAUACGAGGAAUAUCAGGAUUUGUUAAAGAAAGCACAUAUCACAGAAGAGAAAAAGCUUCAAGAGGAAGAGAGAAUAAAACGUGCGCUGGACUCUAAAUUCCCGUCUGCUGCAGAUGCACCAACAGAGGCCACUAAUCUGUUGGAAAUGUCGGCGGGGCUGUUUGACGAGGACAGUGACAAUGACACUGCGCCUGGCGACCUGGAGAAACUCUCAGUCAACCCUCCCGUCCGGCGCGAGAACAAAAAAGAUGAACGCAGGAGAAAAAAGGAGAAAGCUAGGAAGGAAAAGUUAGAGGCUGCAAAGAGGCAAAAAGAGAAGAGAAUAAAAGAUAACAACUUCAACAGAUUAAGGUCCAUUAAGAGGGAGAUCAAGGCGGAGGAGGCUGAGAGUGAAGUGAAAGCCAAGAAGCGUGCAGAACAGAGGGCUCAGGAGGCAUUCAAAACAAAACGCCUCUCAAAAAAUAAAUUUGUGGAACCUGACCUUGAGGUGAAGUUAAGUGAUGAGUUGGUUGGGUCGCUGAGGGAACUACGGCCAGAAGGUCAUCUUUUACUAGACAGAUUUAACAGCCUGAUGAAGAGAAACAUGCUGGAACCUAGGGGUGCUCCGGGAAGGAAACAAAAGAGGAAGUACAAGCCAAGAGUGUUCGAAAAGAAGUCACACAAAGAUGUCAAAUGAUGCCUGCAAUGGAAUCCCAUUUUAUUUGUUGUUGUUAUAAGUAAAACUUGCAAUUUUUUUUUUUAAGUGUAUUUAGAAUUAUUACAGUUGUACUGUGUAUUGGAGCCUUGUUCUGGGAAAACGGGGCUUAAUGGAAGUGCGUGAAGUGUUGCCCCAGAUUAGCUUGUUCUGGGACAACGGGGCUUAAUGGAAGUGCGUGAAGUGUUGCCCCAGAUUAGCUUGUUCUGGGACGACGGGGCUUAAUGGAAGUGCGUGAAGUGUUGCCCCAGAUUAGCUUGUUCUGGGACGACGGGGCUUAAUGGUAGUGCGUGAAGUGUUGCCCCAGAUUAGCUUGUUCUGUCUUCAAAUGCUUAUUAUGAACAACAAUUGUAUUUUCGGUGAAAGAAUCUUCUGAGCAAAAGUAACAUACUGAUUAGCCUGCGCAGACACAGGCUUAGAUGGGACAUGUUACGCAUAUGCAUUAAUCCCUGUUUUCCCAGAACAAGGCUUAUUGGUUAUCUUGUUGAUGUCCAGUAGAUACCAACUUGCAAGCAGUUCUUUUGUUGUGAAUUCUUAAAAUGUUAAACUCCAGUUACAAAGUAAAUGAACUACCGGGUAUACUGGAAUUUGUUGGUCCAUCUGCCUGUAUGUCUGUCAGUAGACACAAAGUCGUCUAAAGGUGUUCUACACCUUUCCACGUAAAACAUUUAAACUCUCAGUUUUUUGUGAUAAUCAUGUUCCACAUUUACAAAUAAACAAUUAAAUGUUUAAUAGUG